GGUGAAGUUAUCGGCUCUAAAGCAAUUGGAGUUUCUAGAUAUUAGUUAUAAUAACCUCAAUGUUAGUGUUUUGACAUAUGUGAGUGCAAUUAAAUCCCUCAAGAUACUUCUGCUCCAAGGAAAUAAUUUGUUCGUGAACCGAUUUUCGUCACAAGAUUGUGAACCUUUUAUGAAAUUAAAGAAAUUAGAAGACUUAUUUCUUAUCGAUAAUAGCAAUGAUAUCGAUUCAUCGUAUCAGCACAAGAAAGUAAAUCUGUCAUGUUUGGGUUCGUUACCAUUCCUAAGGAAACUUUCUUUAAGUGGAAAUUAUUUCAUGGAUGAUCAUAAUUUUCUUAAUGAAGUGUUGGAAUCAAUACAACAAAUAGAGGAGUUGGAUCUCUCAUAUUGUAACUUAACCAGCAAAGGUGGUGGUGUUAUGAGAUCAUUUUCUAAGAAGAUGGUCAAACUUAGGAUUCUUGAUUUAAGUUACAACAAUUUACAGAAAGAUGUGCUAGCCACACUUGGUGCCUUGCCAUCCCUUCAAUUUCUCCAACUAAGUUAUAAUCCUUCUAUUGAAGGUCCGCUCACCAAUCAAGAUUUAAUUGGGUUUCAUCGUUUAGAAAUUCUAAACCUUGCUGGUUGUAGAUUAAAGGGAAGCAUACCUAAGAAUUUAUGUAAAAUGAAUAAACUUCAAGAGUUGGAUCUUUCUAACAAUCUUCUACAAGGAGACAUCCCUAUCUGUUUGAACGAGUUAUCACUUUUGGAGAAUUUCAAUAUCCAAAAUAAUCAGUUGAAUGGAAACAUAUCAUCAUCUCUAUUUAGAGAUCUUAACUCGUUGAAAUAUAUUGAUCUAAGAGAUAAUAGUCUACAAGGAUCUUUCUCUUUAAGAACCUUUGCCAAUUUUUCUAAGCUUGAACAUGUCCUAAUAAAUAGUUACAAUGAUAAGUUGGUGAUAGAGUCGGAUGUAGUUGAUUGGGUUCCUAAGUUCCAGUUGCAGACUCUUAUGCUAUACAAUUGCAACUUGAAGGAAUUCCCCAAGUUUCUUCUUUACCAAAAGAAUCUCGGGUUACUUAAUCUCUCACACAACAAAGUAGAAGGUUCAUUUCCUGACUGGUUGUUGGUAAACAAUACUCGACUUUUUGUAUUAUCGUUGCGAGAUAAUAGUUUAUGUGGCAAUAUAUUCUCUAACUUGUUCAAUUGGAGUACAAUAAGAGGAGGACGAAAUAUAGAAUUCAUUGACAUAAGCUACAACAACAUGUCAGGUCAAAUUCCAAUAACAUCUACCAAUCGUUCCAUCGUGGAUAUACUUAGCAUGCGAGGCAAUUCAUUUUCUGGCCUGUUGUCAUGCCAACUAGUUGGAUUUUAUUAUUUGGACAUUUCUUAUAACUCAUUCUCGGGAGAUUUACCUGCUUGUACAAGCUUUAAAGACCUCACACACCUGAAUUUGUAUGGGAAUAAAUUCACAGGAUUGGUUCCGGAAACAAUUUUGAAUUCAUCAACACUCUUGACAUUGAACAUUGGAAAUAACUUCUUCUUUGGAAGGAUCCCAACUCAUCUCAUUAAUGACAACUUUGAUCUGCAAGUGUUAUCUUUGACAGGAAAUUGUUUCAGUGGAACCAUCCCACAUGAGUUAUGCCAAUUGAAAAGGUUAAAUUGGUUAGAUUUGUCACACAACUCCUUCUCGGGAUCUAUUCCUACUUGCUUAAGCAAUAUCGGUUUUGGGAAAAACACAAACACUAUAAGUGGUGAAAGUAUGGCAGGAUUUCCUGGUGCAUCAACGUUUACACUUGAUUAUAUGGCUGAUGUGAUGAUUUUGACUAAGUACAGGGUUGAUUCCUAUACUGGAAUGUCAUUGGAGUUGAUGUCUGGAUUGGAUCUAUCAUGUAACAACUUGCAAGGAGAUAUUCCAAAUGUUCUAGGAAAUCUGAGUGUCAUCCAUGCGCUCAAUCUAUCACACAAUUGGUUAAGUGGACCCAUUCCUCAAACAUUUUCAAACUUAAUCCAGAUUGAGAGUUUAGAUCUUUCUCACAACAAUCUCAGUGGAGAAAUUCCAUCCAACUUAGUGAAUCUCAAUUUUAUGGGGACAUUUUCUGUAGCAUAUAACAAUCUAUCGGGAAGACUUCCAGAUAUGAAGGGUCAAUUUGCAACCUUUAAAGGGGAUAGUUAUACAGGUAAUCCAUUCCUCCUAUGCGGACCUCCAUUGGAGAAAGACUGUAAGGUUAAGAACGAUGAUAAUGAUGACGAUGAACUGCAUGAUGAUGAUCAUGAAGCAUGGUAUACUACUAUCGACAGAGAUGAAUUCUAUGCAAGUUUUAUGGCAACCUAUAUUGUCUACAUUUUGGGAUUCAUCGCCGUGCUCUGGAUCAAUAAUCGUUGGCGUAACAGGUGGUUUAAUUUCAUAGAUAAUAUCUUGUUUUCAACUUACUAUUUUUUAUCAGAUGCAUUGUAUAAGUGUUUUAGGAUUCGAAUAUGAUCAUCUCCACAAUCAAUCAAACUAUGUUGCAUGUACUAUUAAUCAAUGUAUUUUUUUAUUUAUAAUGAAAUAAUUGUACAAGUUCGG